CUCCUCCCUUCUCCCCCCUCGGUCACUGGGGCGGCUGCGAUGGAGGUGGCGGUGGCGGCCGCGGAUGGCGGAGACGCAGGGCUCCCGAGCCCCGCGCCCGGGUGCUGCGCGUUCUUCGUGGAGAGGAAGCGACGCUACUGCAAGAUGAGCGUGGCCGCGGGCAGGGCGUUGUGCGGGGAGCACGCCGCCUGCUCGGGCACGAGCGCGCCGGUGGCUAAUGAGAGGAGACGAAUCGUCUGUCCACUUGAUUCAAAGCAUACAGUUUAUGAAGAUGUUUUGGGAAAACACCUGAAGAAAUGUAACGCAAGGGAAAAACCAAAACCGGCUUACUACGUGCGAGAUAUCAACUGUGGAGAAAACGAUGAACUGCCUUCAAAAGAACAGGUCGCGUUAUCCUCGCUGUCAGCAGAAGAAAUGUCAGCGCUAAUAAGCAAAGUACAAGGUGUAUUUCAAGGCGCAGAGGCGGCGCUGGAGCUUCGUGUCCUGUCCCACCCAGCCCUGCAGCAGGAGCUGACAGAUCCCAGCAAUGGAAAGUCAGCCCUCAAACAUCUCCAGCAGCAGGCAUCCAUAGUGGGCCACCUGUCGAGCCUGGGCCUGCUGGGAGCCGACCGCUGCUACGUGGAGUUUGGCGCCGGGCGGGGGAAGCUGUCCCACUGGGUGCGGCGCGCCCUGCCGAGCGCCACGCGCGGCAUCUCCUUCCUGCUCGUGGAGAGGUGCAGCACGCGCUUCAAGGUGGACGGGAAGCAUCAGGAAGGGGACGUGGAUUUCCGUCGCCUGCUGAUAGACAUUCAGCACCUCCACCUUGGUAAUAGAGCCAGUCUCUUCAGGUGCCACAGCUCCAGGAUAAGGGGACGUCCGUGGUGGCCAUCGGGAAGCAUCUGUGUGGAGCGGCAACAGACCUGGCCCUGCGCUGCCUUGUGGAGACGCUACCGCGGCACGGCACCCGGAGUGCAGCGCCAGGGCUCUCCUCCGCGCCAGGGCUCUCCUCCGCUCCAGGGCUCUCCUCCGCGCCAGGGCUCUCCUCCGCGCCAGGGCUCUCCUCCGCUCCAGGGCUCUCCUCCGCGCCAGGGCUCUCCUCCGCGCCAGGGCUGUUCUCCGCGCCAAGGCUCUCCUCCGCGCCAGGGCUCUCCUCCGCGCCAGGGCUCUCCUCCGCGCCAGGGCUCUCCUCCGCGCCAGGGCUCUCCGCGUGUGGGGAGGAGGCGGCCCCCUGCGAGACCGAUGUGGGCCCCCCCGCACUGGGCAUCGCCAUCGCGCUGUGCUGCCACCACCGCUGCAGCUGGCCGGCCUACGUCGGGAAGAAGUAUUUUUGCUCUCAGGGCCUGGGCCCAAAGGAGUUUGACCUCAUCCAAAGGAUGUCCAGCUGGGCGACCUGUGGCUGGAGGAGACCGACGGACUCGACGGACCAAGUGCCGGACAACGGACGUGGAAAUGAAAAUGCCACAAGAGAAGGGAGCGCGAGCAGACAAGACGGAGUGGAGUGGCAUGCGGAGGAGGAGAUGGAGGCCAUGGAUCAUGCUGCACCUUGUCAGGCAGAAGAUCAAAUCAGCGACGGCCGGAGCCGAGCGGAGCGGGAGCAGCUGGGCCGGCUGUGCAAGCGGCUGCUGGACGAGGGCCGAGUGCGCUACCUGCGCGAGUGGGGCCUCGCAGCCCGGCUGCAGCGCUACGUGGAGGCCGCCACCACCGUGGAAAACGUGCUCCUCACUGCCCGCUCUGCCUCCUGAAGCCACCGGGCCGCGCCGUCUGGAGAGGCUUGCGCCAAGCGUGUGCCGAGCUGAUGCUUGGCGUCUAGGGCGCCAAGAGAACGUGUCUUGGGCGGCAUCAGUAGGAAGACAUCCUCAUCUACCAUGGAAUCGCCACCGUGCCCAGAAGUAUGUAUAUGUACGUAUGUUGAUUUCAACUGUAGGGAAAACGAAGAAGAGCCUGAGUGUACAGUGCUGUUAGACAAUUUUCAAAUGUUAUGGACACGUGAAGAGAAUGGAUGUGUUGGCUACCUCGAAAGGUGAAUUAAAUGGCGAUGUAAAUAGAAAAGCCUUAAGGAGCCAUCCAUGAAAAAGAUUAAUAGAAAUGUUCAUGAAGGCAGAGGAUGGAGGAAGAGCAGAAAUGGCUGGGUAAGAGAUUGGUUUUCUUCCCAGAUCAGUCUCCAGCUGUUGAGCAAACUCGUAUGUGACCUUUGAUUUUGUUUGUUUAUCCUUAGCCUGGCUUUGCUGCCUCUAUUAUUAGACAUGGAGAUACGCAUGGGAGCCCAACAAUAGACUUUUAAAUGGAUUUAUUAUGGAUGUGAUUAUAUAAUGCUCAAAAGCCAUCACCCCUCAGCCUGGAUGUCCCUUUCUUGGAGUUGGCAACAUCUGCAUAUUUACCCACAGCUGGCAAGGAACAUUCACCAAGCAUGCUUCCAUAAGUAUAAAAACUGUUUUAUUUAACAUUUUCACUUGUGAACGCCGUGUUGUUCAUACAGCAUACAAUGCAAAAGGUAUCCUUUACAGUUCUACAGUCAAAUGAAACCGGUGUUUUACUGCAAAAGUCACAUGGUGUCUACAUUUUCACACACUAGCGAGCGGGAUAUGUUGUGUUAGACCAAACACUCACCAUGUUGACACCAGCGUAGCUGAUGUUACACUACAUUACUACUACUACUUGUGAAAGCAGCGCCUUGUCACCUAUAGAAACACAUUUGAAGUCGAGGUAAAGUGUCUGCAACUGUGGCCUUGUUCUGGCUCAAACACCAGCAUCUGGUGUGGCGUCAAGAAGCCAAGUCUCCUCGUGCAGGAGAUUCAUGAUUCGUCUCGGCCACCAUUAGUCGAUGUUAAUCUAGAAAGUACUUCCUUGGGCUCGGCAGAGCGCAGCCAGGGAAUCUUCCACUUGAAUUAGUGAAUCUGCAAUGCGUUGUGCUUCAGUCACAAGUCAACAUGUAUUGUACAUCGUGACUGCAGGAAUUCAUAUUCUUUGGGUCUUUUGGUAAAGUCGUGUACAUAGGUUGAAAGAAAAUAACAAAACUACGACUUUUUUCUCCUGAUAACGGUCGCUUGUGUUGUGAUCGAAAUGUAAUUUGUUAUUCAGUCAACCUAUCUGUGACUUUCCCGAAAGAUCAAAAUAAUGUUUUGUACAUUUUUACAUUGUGGUGAAUGUAAUGACCAGUGUUUGCUGCAGGGUUUGUA